AUGCCUGAAGCACGUGAAAUGUACGAUGAAUAUGCUGUCUUGAAGAACCCUUCUCCAGAUUUUGACCCUGUCUGCUGCAUGCCAUCGCGGUACAGCGUCUGGACCAUGCAUCCGUUGCUUUUGCUGAUGACAUGGACUUGGUUCAUGAGCCAGGUUCUUUGCAGCGAUCUUUCCAACUUCCUGGCUGAGCUUCCCAGCUGCGCGGAGAGCUGUGUUCUGAAUUUCGUCACAGCAUCUUCUUACGGCACAAACGCAACAUGUGUCUGCAACGAUCCAAAGCUGAAAAGCGACUUACUACCAUGCGUGGAGAGUCAUUGCCUUCCCAGAGAAGGUCUCGCCGCGAUAAAUUUGACCUCGGUGGCAUGUGACUUCCCCAUACGCGACAAGCACGAACAAUUCAAUAUUCUCACUAUCACGUUAAUUGUCAUUACUGGGAUUACAGUUGGUCUUCGGUUCAUUGAGAAGAUACGAUAUGGGCCUGGACUCCAGCUCGACGAUUAUGUUAUCACGGGCGCUUUUCUGGUCAAUUUAGGCAACUCGAUUGUCUGUUUGCAUGGCCUCUCUGGGAAUGGUCUGGGAAGAGAUGCUUGGAGGUUUGGUCCAGAAACAAUCACAUCAUAUCUAUGCCCUAAGUUCCUCUACGCUGGCCAAACGCUUUACGCGACGGACGUUUUCGCAACUAAAAUCUGCGUUCUUCUCUUCUACCUCCGCAUAUUCCCCGGAGUUAUAAUUCGAAGGCUGAUAUGGGGAACUGUUGGCACGGCAGUCCUGUGCAUGGUUAUCUUUGAUCUGCUAGCACUCUUCCAAUGCCAGCCAAUCAGCUUCUAUUGGAAGGGUUGGGACCAACUACAUAAGGGCCAUUGCAUAGGGAUCAACGGACUAGCAUGGGCAAUUGCUGCUGUUGGAAUAAUCCUAGACUUCUGGAUGCUUGGGAUCCCGAUCUCUCAAUUGAUUCAUCUGCAGAUGAAAUGGAAGAGGAAACUUGCAGUCGCCUCAAUGUUCGGCGUGGGCACUUUCGUGACGGUUGUCAGCAUCCUCAGACUACGUUAUCUAGUAGCAUUUGGCAAUUCUUCUAACCCUACAUGGGAUAGCUACGAUACAUGCUACUGGUCAGUCAUUGAACUGAACGUCGGUAUUUGGUGCGCUUGCAUGCCAAAUCUUCGAGUCCUGAUGCUCAAGACCUUUCCAAGACUGCAAAGCUCAGUCGACGCUACACCAAGAAGCAACCAAUACAACUCAUCUACAGCACGGAGGCCAAUAAGAGUGCCGAGCAAUACGCCAGGUCUAGCUGACAACGCCAUGUAUAGGGUGAGGUCUGAACAGGGGCGCAAGGUCGACGGCUCAUCUAGCACAGCGGAAUUAGUUGAGAUGACAAGAAGAUCUCCUCUGGUGGUUCAGCCUCGUCUUGGAAAUCCUGGAGUUGGGUGCAAGGUCUCGUGUGUCCAGCUCGGACAUCCCGUCGUUGCACUGUCCCUUUCUGUCCCUUCUUACCUGCUCGGUACCGCAGGAGCCCUCAGCGUAUCCGGUCGAGCCCUCGGCGGCGCCAUAGGCAUCACGAUCUUCACAUCUAUCUAUCACAACAAGAUGGGCACCGCAUUGCCAAAAGCUGUUGGCUCAGUUCUUGCGGCCGCGGGGCACUCGAGCCUACUUCCAGAAGUGCUGAGCGCCAUCAGCAACGGAAACCCAACUGCCCUAUCAAAUGUAUCUGGUCUGCCAGCUUCACUGAUCCCCGAAGUCCUCGCAGCCAACGACCAUGCCAAUACGUACUCAUGGAGGUUUGUAUGGAUCGCUAUCUCGGUCGUAGUGGCGGCGAAUGCAGUAGCUGCAUGCUUCCUGAAGUCGGUUGCUAGUCAGAUGAACAGCCAUGUUGAGUCUGCUCUGGAGGAGUCAGAUGUUCGCCGGAAGCAGAUGCGCGAUAUUUAG